GACGUUGCCCAGCGCAACGUUUACUGAUCCGAGGCGAAUGACAUGUAAACGUCAAGCUGGACCUUCAUAUUUUCAAACAACGGGGCAAUCAAACUCAAGUCUUUACAUUUAAUUUAAAGGUAGUCAAUGCCAAAGAUAAGUAGUGACACGCUAUGGGAGUUGGCCUCUGCGGAGGUUCAGAGUCGGGAGGACGGGACAGGAGGGGAGGAGGAUGGCGGAGUUGAUCCAGUGUCACUCAACGAGAGAACCGUGUUCUUCAUUGGGAAUAAAGCAGGGGGUAAAACUACAAUUUUGCUCCGGUGCCUCGACAGGGAUGAACCACCUAAACCAACUCUAGCGUUGGAGUACACCUUUGGUAGACGGGCGCGAGGACACAACAUUCCCAAAGACAUAGCUCACCUGUGGGAGCUGGGAGGAGGUACCUCCCUAUCAGACCUGGUUCAGAUCCCCAUCACUGCUCAGAAUGUCAGGUCUCUGUCUGUGGUGCUGGUUCUGGACCUGUCCAAGCCCAAUGCUCUAUGGGGAACCAUGGAGAGGCUGCUUCAGACAACACGGACCCAGGUGGAGAAAGCUUGCUCCAUGCCACAAAGGACAGUAGAGUCCAAAGCUGGGUCCAAGCAGCAGGCCCAGAACAGACCCCUAAUGGUCCUCCCUAAAGACUACCCGGACAGAGAGCUGAUCAACCCCUUCCCAGUUCCACUGCUGAUUAUUGGCAGCAAGUUUGACAUAUUUCAGGACUUUGACUCUGAGAAGAGGAAAGUGAUCUGCAAGACCCUUCGGUUUAUUUCUCAUUACUACGCAGCUUCUUUAAUUUUUACCAGCAGCAAGUCUGAGAGCUUGAUGUCCAAAACUAAGAGCUUAUUCACACAACUAGGAUUCGGGACAGAGAAGGGGAAAUCUAUGUCCUCUGACCUCAGUAAGCCUCUAAUCAUUCCUGCUGGGAUGGACUCCCUCAGCCAGAUAGGUUCUCCCCCAACCACAGAUGUGGACAUUGGGACUCUUCAUGCUAAAAACCCUCUAGAUCUGUGGAAGAAAGUGUUUGAGGUUGUUUUCCCUCCUGAGAACACCAGUGAUCACCACAGAGAGCUGAAGGACCCAGCCAAGGACCCCCAGUAUAGUGAGCCCCAGAUUGACUCCAUGAGGGCCCAGAAAGACACGGAACUGGAUCAGUACAAGAGAAAUGCGUCCAAGUCUUGGAAAGGCCUGGAACUGGAGACCUAACUUAAUGGACUCAUCAGCUCUCUCAGCCAAUGAGAUCAAAAGAACAGAAUGUUCUAAAGCACAGACAGACUUCAGCCAUGGCAGACACCUGACUACUCG